UACCCCAGCAGCAGCAGUAGCAGUUCCCCCAUUAGUAGCAGUUCCCCCAGCAGCAGCAGUAGCAGUUCCCCCAGCAGCAGCAGUAGCAGUUCCCCCAGCAGCAGUAGCAGCAGUUCCCCCAGCAGCAGUAGCAGCAGUUCCCCCAGCAGCAGCAGUAGCAGUUCCCCCAGCAGCAGUAGCAGCAGUUCUUCCAGCAGCAGUAGCAGCAGUUCUUCCAGCAGCAGUAGCAGCAGUUCUUCCAGCAGCAGUUCCCCCAGCAGCAGUAGCAGCAGUUCCCCCAGCAGCAGUAGCAGCAGUUCCCCCAGCAGCAGUAGCAGCAGUUCUCCCAGCAGCAGUAGCAGCAGUUCCCCCAGCAGCAGUUCCCCCAGCAGCAGUAGCAGCAGUUCCCCCAGCAGUUCCCCAGCAGCAGCAGUUCCCCAAAGUAGCAGUUCCCCCAGCAGCAGCAGUAGCAGUUCCCCCAGCAGCAGCAGUAGCAGUUCCCCCAGCAGCAGUAGCAGCAGUUCCCCCAGCAGCAGCAGUAGCAGUUCCCCCAGCAGCAGUAGCAGCAGUUCCCCCAGCAGCAGUAGCAGCAGUUCCCCCAGCAGCAGCAGUAGCAGUUCCCCCAGCAGCAGCAGUAGCAGUUCCCCCAGCAGCAGCAGUAGCAGUUCCCCCAGCAGCAGAAGUAGCAGUUCCCCCAGCAGCAGCAGUUCCCCCAGCGCUGUCUGUCUCCCGCUGGCUCGCACAGACACACAAGGUCUGCUCCGCUCUUUGAUGCUGACAGCUGCUUUCCGUCUGCGCUCCAUCUAUGAGCUCCCCCCUCUCACAUGCACCAUCAAGAGCAUUCUGUCGGACUUUAUCACCGCUUGGUAUGGCGACUGCAUCGACCACGACCGCAGGGCUCUCCAGAGGGUGGUGCGGUCUGCCCAACACAUCACCGGGAGCACAGUGCCUGCCCUCCAUGACACCUACACCACCCGGUGUCAUAGGAAGGCCAAGAAGAUCGUCCAGGACCUCAGCCACCUUAGGAAUGGCCUGUUCCCCCUGCUACCAUCUAGCAGGCGGAGACAUACAGUCAUUGGCAGCAGAGAACUGGAAGGAAUGGCGGAGUUUGCUUUGGGGAUGACCAGUGAAAUAUACCUGCAGGAGUGCGUGCUACGGGUGGGUGCUGCUAUGGUGACCAUGGAGCGGAUCCUGGAUGGAGAGCUGUGUGCUGUUGAUGAGUACUAA